AUGCCGUCCGAGAAAUCAUCCAAAGACAAAGACAAGAGCAAGGUGCACAAGCUGUCGCUGAAAGGCAGCGCCAGGCUCGUCGCCGAAUUCUUUCAAUAUUCCAUUCACACGAUCCUAUUCCAACGGGGCGUUUACCCAGCGGAAGACUUCACUGCUGUCAAGAAAUAUGGCCUCAACAUGUUAGUCUCGUCGGACGACCAAGUAAAAGCAUACAUCAAGAAGAUCAUGUCCCAGCUCGACAAGUGGAUGGUGGGCGGCAAGAUCUCGAGUCUCGUCAUCGUCAUCACCGACAAGGACACCGGCGAGCACGUCGAGCGCUGGCAGUUCAACGUGGACAUAACGGCCGCCCCCAAAAAGUCCAAGUCUUCUUCUGCGGCGGCGGCCGCUACUGGCGCCGCCGACCAAGAGAAUGCCGCCGCGGGUGCUGCUGCAGCGCCCGCGCCGGAAAAGACGGAGCAGGAGAUCCAGGCCGAGAUCGCAGCCAUCUUUCGCCAAAUCACCGCGUCCGUCACCUUCCUGCCGCAGCUGAGCGGCAGCUGCACCUUCAACGUGCUCGUCUACGCUGACGGCGACAGCGACGUCCCCGUCGAGUGGGGGGACUCAGACGCCAAGGAGAUUGAGAAUGGCGAGCGCGUGCAGCUGCGCGGGUUCAGCACGGCGAAUCACCGCGUUGACACGCUUGUCAGCUAUCGGUUGGGCGACUAG